UUUCAUUGUUAGAGGACCAACCAUAAGCAUGUUAUAGGCACAAACACCGUUUACAAGUUUUUAUUGAAUGAGGUUGUUUGUUGUUGUUUACAAACUUGUAAUGUUUACAUUUUGAUAUUAAUGAUGGGUUGCAUGUGUGUACAAAGUUUUAUCACUCUGGGUAUUAGCUUUACCGAGUUAGAACACUUUAUUUGUCUCUAUCAUAAUGUAUUGCCUGGGGCUAUUUGUUGUUGUUUACAUGUAAACAAAAUUGUUUACGAAGAAAUAAAAAUGCUCUUGCACGACCUGUCAUGGAUUCCAAUAUCUGUGCAAAGUUUAUCCAUAUGCGUUAUCCAGCCCUGAAUUCCACACAAAUGGACUCUCCUCCAUCAAAUCCUCCUCUUCGAACCACUCCAUCAGACAUCAGCAUAGAGAUAUAGUAUGACAUAAUAAUUAUUAUGUUUGGUUGCUACCCACAGCAACCACAUACUGGAAGGUGAUUGUCUGCAAAAAAACUGCACGUGAAACCUUGCUACACUCUAACAUUAAAGCUACACUCGAAUAGGGGAAGUUCAGUCACAGAACACAGUUCUAGCUAUAUACAGCCCAGAACUGAAGAUUUCUCACAUUGUAUGUGUAAUAAACACCAGCAUGUUCCACUCUCAAGAGAAGAAGGAAAGAAACGACGACGUUCUAUGCCACUUCGUGGUAUCAGCACAAGCACCAAUAUGGAAGAGUUUGCGAAUGAAUUACGGAAUCAUCCUCGCCAUGCAGAAUUCUUCAGAGCAAUUCCAUUGAAGCAGCUACAUUCAUUGUUGCAAAAAGUGAAAGAUGGCUGUGCAGAUAUUGAAACUCAACACCAGACUGAAAAAUCCGGAGAAAAGAACAAGACUGAUGAACCACCAACGCUACAGCUUCUUGCAACCAGUACUGGUGAAGUUAGAGCAGAAACACAGGAGAUUGCUGCAUUAACACUUCCUCCAGUGUAUACUCCGUCUCAAACUGGAGCAUUGCUUCUAGAUCUCCCACCACUGGUCCCAAAACAAGUAGUGGGAAACAGGGAAGAUGUGCCUCAUAUGGCACUGGAUGACUUACUUGGCCCAUUGGUUGAGAAACGUAGUAGCUUAUAUAAGCAGGACGUUACUGCACCACAAGACAGCACCGACCAUCGUAGUAAAGAAAGGAGUGCCCCGAGCCUUGCACCUGCCUUUUUUACCGAGACAAACUACAGUGAUGAUUUCAGCAGCCCAAGCAGUCUUAGCUUCAAAGAAGUCAGCACAGUUGAUGGAGGAGGAAGUAUGCAAGGAAGUGAAACAGAACAACAACCUCACAGCUCCAGUCUACCUCUUCCAGACAUUGUCACAGCAGACAAUUACUCUGAGGCUAGCGGAACCAAUGAGCAAGAUCUCAACAAAGUUUCUGAACAAACUCUUGCCCAAGAAAAGAAGAAAAUGGAUAAUCUUUUUGAGACAAACCAAAUACUGUCUGGAGGAAAGGACUGGGAAUAUGAUAAACAGAAUAACUUCGAGCCUCCUCAAAUGGAGAGUGGCUGGGACAGUGAGUCUAGCUCAACACAGGAGUUUUGAGUGUUCUUCAUCUCUUGCUCAUGGUCACAAGCGUAGCAACAUACCACAUUUGUAUACUUGUUGUACGCAACACACUUACAAUUCAAUUAACCACUUACGUAUUAUGACACUUGUGUAUUGCAGCCGAUUAGAUGUAAACCGUAAGUAUUGUACACUCGGGCAAGUUAUUGCGAAGAAAACUCCAAGCUCCGUGACACCCAGAGCACGCGUCACGG